ACAUAUACACAAAUGAACAAAUGUAAAGUUAGAUAAUCAAGAUGAAAGCAGCAGUCGAUCGUGAACAAAGCAAUGAUGACAACGUGGUGGUGUCGGAUCAGCAGAAGCGUUUUAAUUACGUUGUGGUUGAGCCUCCUCAUGGCUGGAGCACCUCCAGCGGCACUGGGCGGCAACGUGCUGGCUGUGUAUCCGCACUUUGGUUUCAGUCACUUUAAGGUGGUGAUGCCGAUCCUCAAUGAACUGGCGAGGCGUGGCCACAAUCUCACUGUGAUCUCGUACGUGAAGCAUCCCCAGGCGGAGGAGUGGGCCAACUACGAGCAGCUGUUGAUCUCCCAGCCAGGGGAGGAUCAGUCGAGCACAACGAUCAACUUGGUGCCACUGACGGAACACACACCCACCCGCUCAUUGGGCACUCUUUUCAGGGAAUACUUGGCACUCCACUCGGAGGGACAGGAGACCUGUGAGCGCCUCUACGCCAGUGGGCAUGUGGAAACGGUCUUCAAACGCCACCAGACGCAGCCCUACGAUCUGCUGCUCACGGAGUACUUCAACUCUGACUGCCAGCUGGCUCUGGCGAAGCUCAUGAAUCUGCCCAUCAUUGGCUUGAGCACGUGUGCACUGAUGCCGUACUACUACGAUCGCAUCGAUCUGCCGGACACACCCUCCUUCAUCCAGUCGGAGUUUGUGGGCUUUGCCGGUACCCUCAACUGGGACGAGCGUCUGGUGAACUUCAUCCAAGCGAAGGUGCUGAAGCUCCUCUACCGAUACCACUCGAAUCGGGCGGACAAUGCGUUAGUCAGGAGGCAUCUCGGCAUCGAUGUGAAUGUGGAUGAGGUGGCGCGCACUCAGACCGCCUUCAUCUUUGGCAACCAGCACUACUCCCUGAUGGGCAGUCGGCCGCAGUCCCUACAAUUCAUAGAGGUGGGCGGUGUGCACCUCACCAGCCAAGCGGAGCAGGAGCUGCCUGCAAACAUUGCUCAGUUCAUCGAUCAAUCCGAGGUGCCCAUAAUCUUCUUCAGUUGGGGCUCCAUGGUGCGCAUCUCCAGCAUCGAUGAGGAUAAACUUGCGGCCAUUGUGGAGGCUCUGGAGCGGCAGCCCUUGCGUGUGAUCUGGAAGUGGGAGGCUGAUGAAAAACCCCAGUUGGACGCUGACAAGUUUCUGUUUGUGAAGUGGGCGCCACAGCUGGCACUUCUUUGUCACCCCAGAGUGGAAUUAUUUUGGGCUCAUGGCGGUCUUCUGGGCACUACGGAAUCGGUACAUUGCGGAAAGCCCAUGCUGGUUACACCCAUCUAUGGCGAUCAGUUCUUGAAUGCCUUUUCCGUGCAGAAUCGCGGCAUGGGAUUGAAAUUGGACUAUAAAGAUAUCAGUGUGGAGCGCGUUUCUCAGGCACUCAAAAACCUUAGCAACACAAACUAUGCCACUCGAUCUGUGGGCAUGUCGAAGAUCUUCAAUCAACGCCAAAACAGUCCCUUGGAGUCUGCCGUCUGGUGUGUGGAGCAUGUCAUUCAGCAUGGUCUGCUGGCCGCCGAAAUGCUGCAAUCCCCAGGCAUAGAACUCAAGUGGUAUGUCUACCACUCGCUGGAUAGUGUAUGCCUGAUAAUCGUGGGGCUGCUGGCACUGGCCUAUAGCCUGCACCACUUUUCCAGUGGGAGGCCAUCAAAGCCUUACAAUGGCAAUCGACGCCGAAAGUCGAAGCGAUCUUAAAGCAAACAUCUUGACAUUUGUUAUGGCAAUAAAUAUAUAAUUAAUAAGCA